UUUGGAUCAGCGUCACCACUCCUUUUGGUCUGUGUUCUGGUGUUCCUAGUUUGUCUGAAUUAAUAUAACUUAGCAGCCCUGCGGAUCAUUAAACAAGCAGGGAUCGCCCUGAUCGACCGGCUUUGCCUGAAUCGUGUCAAGCGGAACACGCUAUGAAUCAAUUAUGGAGUAAUCGAUCGCUGACGCUGCUCUAGUCUAGUCAACCAGAUUCUUCCCCUAUAAUUCCUUUCUCCCCAAUCCUUCUGGAUCUCUUUCAUUCGAGAUCUGCUUUUAUGAUCUCUGCUAUACAUCUAUGAUCCUACUUGAAUAUGGGAAAACUGCCCACCUUUUCACGGUCUCCGUCGCCCGAGUACGGCCGGCGACCGGCCACCGUGCUCUCCCAUCGCGUCCUGCGCUCUCUUCUCUAUUUUCUCGCUUGGAUCUUUCUCCUCCUGGUCUGCAUCGCCAACACAUCCAAUAAACCCGUCCUACGAAACACCUAUUUUCUCAAAAUUGAUCUCUCCAACAUCAUCCCGCUCUCCGUCCCCAAUGCCGUCCUCAUCAACUCUAUCGCCCGCUCUAUCGGGCUGCACGAUUUCUACCAGGUCGGCCUGUGGAAUUUCUGUGAGGGCUACAACAGUGAGGGCAUCACCCACUGCUCUCGUCCCAAGACACUCUACUGGUUUAAUCCUGUCGAAAUUAUCCUGAGCGAACUCCUCGCCGGGGCUAGUAUCGCCCUCCCCGCCGACAUCAGCGAUGCCCUCCAGAUCGCCCGCAUCGCCUCCUACUGGAUGUUCGGUCUCUUCAUCACCGCCACCGUCCUGACCUUUGUGCUCAUCUUCCUGUCCCCGCUGGCCGUCUCGUCCCGGCCCCCGCAGAGCAUCUCCCCCUCGGUCGAGACCAACGCCGCGCACCCCCCGCACCGCCGCCGCACGUUUGUCCUCCUGCGCAGCAGCCCCUUCCUCUUCCUCACCUUCAUCACCGCCCUCUUCACCAUCGUCGCCUCCGUCGUCGCCACCGUCAUGUUCCUCAUCUUCCGCAACGUCUUCACCAACUCCUCCUACGAGCUGAACAUCGAGGCCGAAAUCGGCACCCGCAUGCUGGCCUUCAUGUGGAUCGCCAGUGCCUUGAACCUCAUCGCCUUCAUCUGGCAGUCUGGGUCGUGCUGUGCCGCCUGCUGCGGGGGGCGGAAGGCCCGAAAACAGCUAAAGGAGCAUGGGUCCUCCGACUCCAACGGCUCCAAUGGGUCCGAUAUGCGCGAGAAGCCCCAAUCCCACCACCAGAGUCCGACAGGAACGACUCCGACAGAAACUGAGUAAUUGGACUCAAGGCCCAAAUUAUAAUAGCUCCUAUAUAGACUGCGAUCUAUAUGCAUUGUCAAGCGUGUUUUGGUGAUUGGUACCUCUAGACCUGACCUUUAUCUCUUUCCUUCUACUUACUUUCUUCUAUUAUUCCCUUUACUUAUUUCCCAUUUUUAUUUCCCAUUUUUAUUUCCCAUUUUUAUUUCCCAUUUUUAUUUCCCUUCUUUAUCUCCUUUAUUUAUUCCCUUCUUGUCAUCUUGGUUCUUCCAUUCUGAUUGGAUGUGAUUGGAUUAUUCUUUUAUUUAUUUUAUUCUAUUUUCUGGUCUACCAGCAAACAGCGCGGUGUGCGUUGAUUCCAUCCAAAGCCGCAGGUUGAACUUUACGAUUUCCACGAUUAAUGAUAUGAUCGAUAGAUAGGUAGAUCGUUAACAGCUGUAUAUCGAUAUAAGCUGUUCAAUCUAUAUAUUCGACAUC